UAAAAGAAAGCACGACAUCAUUCGGCAACUGCUUGAACUAUUAAUUCUUUCCGAAGUGAGACACGUGUUAGAAUCAUCAAAAUGUUGAUGCCAAAAAAGAAUCGUGUGGCUAUCUAUGAGUACCUCUUUAAGGAGGGAGUCAUGGUAGCAAAAAAGGACUAUCAUGCACCUAAACAUCCAGAAUUGGAAAAUAUUCCCAAUCUCCAAGUUAUUAAAGCUAUGCAGUCUUUAAAGUCUAGAGGCUAUGUAAAGGAACAAUUUGCUUGGAGACAUUUUUACUGGUAUCUGACAAACGAUGGUAUAGAAUAUCUACGUGGAUACUUGCAUCUGCCACCUGAAAUUGUACCAUCUACCCUUAAAAAACAACCAAGGUCUGAGACUACAAGACCGAGACCUGCUGCAACUAGAAGCGAGGGUUCGAGACCAACGGAAGAUCGUGCAGGGUACAGACGAGGUCCAGGUGGUCCUCCGGGUACUGGUGACAAAAAGGCUGAUGUUGGCGCAGGCACUGGUGAUCUUGAAUUCCGUGGUGGUUUUGGUCGUGGAAAAGCCCUCCAAUAAAAUUUUUCUUUUUUAAUGUAAAAUAAAUAUAUUCUAAAAGACAAAA